CUCCGCUCCACUUUUUAUAAGCUCUUGUUCGGGAGUUCAGCAACUUUUGCGAUUCAUUAAAAUCUUCUUAGGAACACUGGAACUACCUUGAGAUGUUGGCAAACCUUGAAAAUAUCCAAUACUUCCAUGACAUGUGCCCUCGAGAGCAGUCAUCAGGGGCCCUGGAUCUGGACAUGAUUGAGGAGUAUCUACAGGAGCACUCGCUGGAGGUCAUGCCAACACCGUGUGUCCAGCGGAGGAACCAUGAGGAAUGCAGUCUGGCAGAGAACAGCUGGUCUGGUCGUUAUGCAUAUGAAUGGAAUUACGGUGAAGUCUCAGGAACAGAUGAAACUCGCAAACAACAGCCUCCGCCGCAGCAGACGUGGCUCUGCCAGUCCAGUCACAGCGAGUGGGGACACUUCCAGUAUGACAGGAGCCACUGCAGUGAUUCAGAUUCACUGUCCACCAGCUCUGGGUGUCAGGAAUUUCCUCCUUCUCCAACCACAGACAGGACAGUACAGAUCGCGUAUGACUCGCUGACACUAGCGCCACUCACAGGUAAAAGGAAGGAGCGACUGUUCCAGUUCUUGUAUGAGAUGCUGCAGACACCAGACAUGCGGAGCUGCAUUUGGUGGGUUCAGUCCAACAACGGGACUUUCCAGUUCUCAUCACAGAAUAAGGAGAAGCUGGCAGAGAUGUGGGGCAAACGAAAGGGUAACCGCAAGACCAUGACCUACCAGAAGAUGGCACGUGCCCUGCGAAACUAUUCCAGAACAGGAGAGAUCUGCAAAGUGAAGCGCAAACUCACCUAUCAGUUCACUGAGAGAACACUGAGAGGCCUGCAGAACAACUCGCAGAGGUUAUUGGGUAGUUAAUGUGGUGUGUCCACCAAUGUUUGUUUUUUUGUUUUUUUCUCUAGGCGGGAAAUUGUAAACAAAUACUACGUAUUUUACAGAGGAUGAUUUUGCCUUUUUAUGGUUCAUAAUGCAAUGUGGGUGUAAGGAAAACAGAUUUUCUAAUUUUACAUGGCUAAAGUGAUUUUUUUUUUGUUUACAAUAACAUGGAACUGUAGGAAGUUGAAGGUGAUCUUUGAAAUAUGUUAAUCUAAGGAUUGUUGACCAUUACACUACGUUAUAUGUAGUCAUGAAUCCGUUUUUGUUGCCCUUUUUAUAUAAAAUGUGUCAUUUUUGUGCUAAUUUGACUUUUUUU